AUGGAGAACAGUCACCCCCACCACCACCACCAGCAGCCCCCGCCGCAGCCCGGCCCUUCGGGCGAGAGGAGGAACCACCACUGGAGAAGUUACAAGUUGAUGAUUGACCCGGCUCUGAAGAAGGGACACCACAAGCUGUACCGCUACGAUGGGCAGCACUUCAGCCUGGCGAUGUCCAGCAACCGCCCGGUGGACAUCGUCGAGGACCCCCGGGUGGUCGGGAUCUGGACCAAAAACAAGGAGCUGGAGCUGUCGGUGCCCAAAUUCAAGAUCGAUGAGUUCUACGUGGGCCCCGUGCCUCCGAAGCAGGUGACGUUUGCCAAGCUGAACGACAACAUCCGCGAAAACUUCCUGCGGGACAUGUGCAAGAAGUAUGGGGAGGUGGAGGAGGUGGAGAUCCUGUACAACCCCAAGACCAAGAAGCACCUGGGCAUCGCCAAGGUGGUCUUUGCCACCGUCCGGGGCGCCAAGGAGGCCGUGCAGCACUUGCACAGCACCUCGGUCAUGGGCAACAUCAUCCACGUGGAGCUGGACACCAAAGGGGAAACCCGGAUGCGGUUUUAUGAGCUGCUGGUCACGGGCCGGUACACACCCCAGACCCUGCCGGUGGGCGAGCUGGAUGCGGUCUCUCCCAUCGUGAACGAGGCCCUGCAGUUGUCUGACGCCCUGAAGCGCCUCAAGGAUGGCGGCCUCUCCACGGGCUGUGGCUCGGGCUCCUCCUCUGUCACCCCGAACAGCGGCGGGACGCCCUUCUCCCAGGACACCGCGUACUCCAGCUGCCGCCUGGACACCCCCAACUCCUACGGGCAGGGCACCCCGCUCACGCCGCGCCUGGGCACCCCAUUCUCGCAGGACUCCAGCUACUCCAGCCGCCAGCCCACGCCCUCGUACCUCUUCGGCCAGGACCCCGCCGUGCCCUUCAAGCCCCGGCGCCACGAGAGCAAGUUCACGGACGCCUACAACCGCCGCCACGAGCACCAUUACGUGCACAACUCGUCGGCCGCCCCCGCGGUGGCCGGGGCCGCGGCCGCCUUCAGGGGCUCCGUGGACCUCCCGUUCGGGGCCGUGGGCGGCGCGGCCGGCGGCGGCCCUCCGUUCAAGGCCCAGCCACAGGACUCGGCCACGUUCGCCCACACUCCACCGCCCCCCGCCCAGGCGACCCCCGCUCCCGGGGUCACGUUCAAGUCUGCUUUCUCGCCCUACCAGACUCCGGUGCCCCCGUUCCCCCCGCCCCCCGAGGAGCCCGCCGCCCCCACCGCCACCACGGCCGCCCCCGCCGCCGCCGCCGCCGCCUUUGGGGCCCGUGACAGUGGGGAGUUCCGGAGAGCCCCUGUGCCCCCGCCCCUGCCGCCCGCGGAGCCCCGGACCAAGGAGAAGCCGGGCACGCCGCCCGGCCCCCCGCCCCCCGAUGCCAACAGCUUGGAGCUGGGCGGCCGGCCGGCCUUCGGCUGGAGCCCGGAGCCCUGCGACAGCCCGGGCACCCCCACGCUGGAGCCGCCAUCGCCCGCGGGGCUGGAGAAGCCGCACGACAGCCUGGACUCGCGCAUCGAGAUGCUGCUGAAGGAGCAGCGGACCAAGCUGCCCUUCCUCCCAGAGCAGGACUCGGACCCGGAGCUGCAGAUGGAGGGCAGCCCCAUCUCCUCCUCCUCCUCCCAGCUCUCCCCGCUGGCGCCCUUCGGCGCCAACUGCCAGCCGGGCUUCCGCGGCCCCACGCCGCCCUCCUCGCGCCCCUCCAGCACCGGCCUGGAGGACAUCAGCCCCACGCCCCUGCCGGACUCGGACUCGGACGGCGAGCUGGACCUGGGGCUGGGCCCCCGCCCCCCGCCAGAGCCGGGACCCCCGGACCCCUCCGGUCUCCUGGGCCAGGCCACCGAGGCGGCCUUGGACCUGGCUGGAGACAGGACCCCGACCUCGGAGAAGAUGGAUGAGGGCCAGCAGUCCUCAGGCGAGGACAUGGAGAUCUCAGACGACGAGAUGCCCUCAGCCCCGAUCACCAGCGCCGACUGCCCCAAGCCCAUGGUGGUGGCCCCGGGGCCGGCGGCCGUGGGAGGCCCCUCCGUGCUGGCCCCGAACCUGCCGCUGCCCCCGCCCCCCGGCUUCCCGCCACUGCCCCCGCCCCCGCCCCCCCCUCCGCCGCAGCCCGGCUUCCCCAUGCCCCCCCCUCUGCCGCCCCCGCCGCCCCCGCCCCCGGCCCACCCGGCCGUGGCGGUGCCCCCGCCCCCGCUGCCGGCGCCGCCCGGCGUGCCGCCCCCGCCCAUCCUGCCGCCCCUGCCGCCCUUCCCGCCGGGGCUGUUCCCCGUGAUGCAGGUGGACAUGAGCCACGUGCUGGGCGGCCAGUGGGGCGGCAUGCCCAUGUCCUUCCAGAUGCAGACGCAGAUGCUGAGCCGGCUGAUGACCGGCCACGGCGCCUGCCCCUACCCGCCCUUCAUGGCCGCGGCGGCGGCCGGGCUGCAGUUCGUCAACCUGCCGCCUUACCGCGGCCCCUUCGCCCUGGGCAGCACGGGCCCGGGCCGCGGGCAGCCCUGGCCGCCCCUGCCCAAGUUCGACCCGUCCGUGCCGCCGCCCGGCUACAUGCCGCGCCAGGAGGACCCGCACAAGGCCACGGUGGACGGCGUGCUGCUGGUGGUGCUCAAGGAGCUGAAGGCCAUCAUGAAGCGCGACCUGAACCGCAAGAUGGUGGAGGUGGUGGCCUUCCGGGCCUUCGACGAGUGGUGGGACAAGAAGGAGCGGAUGGCCAAGGCCUCGCUGACCCCGGUGAAGUCGGGCGAGCACAAGGACGAGGACCGGCCGAAGCCUAAGGACCGCAUCGCCUCGUGCCUGCUGGAGUCGUGGGGCAAGGGCGAGGGCCUGGGCUACGAGGGCCUGGGCCUGGGCAUCGGGCUGCGCGGGGCCAUCCGCCUGCCCUCCUUCAAGGUCAAGCGGAAGGAGCCGCCGGACACGGCCACGUCCGGAGACCAGAAGCGGCUGCGGCCCUCGGCCUCCGUGGACGAGGAGGACGAAGAGUCGGAGCGCGAGCGGGACCGGGACAUGGCGGACGCCCCCUGCGAGCUGGCCAAGCGGGACGCCAAGGGCGUGGGCGUGCGGCGGCGGCCGGCCCGGCCCCUGGAGCUGGACAGCGGCGGCGAGGAGGACGAGAAGGAGUCGCUGUCCGUGUCCUCGUCCUCGUCCGCCUCCUCCUCCUCGGGGUCCUCGUCCACCUCACCCUCCUCCUCGGCCUCGGACAAGGAGGAGCCGGACAGCACGGAGGAGGAGGAGGAGGAGGAGGAGGAGGACGAAGAAGAGAAAGAGGAAGAAGCCCCUGGGAGCCAGAUCUCCUCCUCCUCCUCCUCCUCCCCCUCCUCCUCCUCCACGUCGGAUAAGGAUGACGAUGACAGCGACGGCCGCGAAGGCUCGAAGAACGACGGCGACGAGGACCUGGCCGCGUCGGAGGCGAGCAACAGGGAGGAAGGCGACUGGGACGCCGAGGAGACGGCGAGCGUGGCCACCCGCAGGGCGGGGCCCGGCUCCUCCAGCAGCAGCUCCUCGUCCUCGGAGUUCGAGUCCAGUUCCGAGUCCUCGUCAUCGUCCUCGGAGGAUGAAGAAGAGCCAGCGGCCGGGGAGGAGGAGGAGGAGGAGGAGGAAGAGGAGGAGGAGGAGGGGGAAGAGGAGGCAACCACGGACGAGAGCAUGGCCCCCGCCGUCCCCGACGAGAACUUUGAGGAGGACGUGGCCGCCAGGGCCCCGCUGAUCGAGCCCGUGACGGAGGAGGAAGUGGACAUCGAGGACGAGGGUCCCGGGGAGCGGACCCCCACGAUGGAGCAGCUGCCCCCGCCUGCGGGCGUGAGAGAGCCCCCCAGGGAGCCGGGUCCGAGCCAGGAAGCGGCCAGGCCCCCGUCUCCGGAGCCUCCUGCGACAGACACGGAGGCCUGCCUGCCCCCAGCCCCGGAGCCCCCCCGAGGGGAGGACGUGGACGCAAAGCCCGAGCCCCCUCUGCCGCUCUCCGUGCCUCUGCAGCCGCCGUUGCCACCCCCUCGACCGCCCCGGCCCCCCAGCCCGCCGCCCGAGCCCGAGCCCCCCGAGCCCCCGCCCCCGCCCGCCCCCCUGGAGCCGCCCCCCGAAGACCAGCCCCCGCGGACACCGGGCAUCUGCGGCCUGGCCAAGUCGCAGAGCACGGAGACGGUGCCGGCCACGCCCGGCGGGGAGCCCCCGCUGUCGGGGGGCAGCAGCACCCUGUCCCUGAGCUCCCCGCAGGUGCCCGGCAGCCCCUUCUCCUACCCGUCCCAGUCCCCCAGCCUGGGCAGCGGCGGGCUCCCCAGGACGCCCGGCCGGGACUUCAGCUUCACGCCCACCUUCCCCGAGCCUGGCGGGCCCCUGCUCCUGCCCCUCUGCCCCCUGCCCCCCGGCCGCCGGGACGACCGGCCCGGCCCCCUGCCGUCCCAGGUGCUCCUGGAGACCGGCCUGCCCCUGCCCCUGCCCUUGCCCCUGCCCCUGCCCCUGGCUUUGCCCGUGCCUGUGCCCGUCCUGCGGCCCCAAACGCGGGCCCCUCCCCAGCUGCCGCCCCUGCUCCCCACCCCCCUGGCCUCCUGCCCGCCCCCCAUCAAGAGGAAGCCGGGCCGGCCCCGACGGUCCCCCCCAGCCCUGCUCUCCCUGGACGGGUCCUUGGUCCGGCCGCCGGGGGCGGCCGCCCUGGGCAGGGACCUUCUGCUCCUGCCGGGCCAGCCCCAGACCCCCGGCUUCCCCAGCGCCCACGACCCCCGGGCUGUGACCCUGGACUUCCGGAACACGGGGAUCCCGGCCCCCCCGCCGCCCCUGCCCCCCCAGCCGCCCCCGCCCCCGCCCCCGCCCCCCGUGGAGCCCGCCAAGCUGCCCUUCAAGGAGCUGGAGAACCAGUGGCUGGCGGAGGCCGCCCCCCCGGGCCCCCGCGGGCGCGACGAUGUGGCCGAGGAGCUGCUGGAGCUGGCCAAGGCGCGCGGCCCCUGGCGCCGGCCGCCCAGGAAGCGCCACGAGGACCCGGCGGCGCCCGCCUCGCCCGAGCGCUCCCCGCCGCAGCCCCUGUUCCGGCCGCGGACCGAGUUCGAGGAGAUGACCAUCCUGUACGACAUCUGGAACGGCGGCAUCGACGAGGAGGACAUCCGCUUCCUGUGCGUCACCUACGAGCGGCUGCUGCAGCAGGACAACGGCAUGGACUGGCUCAACGACACGCUCUGGGUCUACCACCCCUAUAUCCUCCUCUCUUCAGCCAAGAAAAAGAAACGGGAGGACGACAUCCCCGAGCACGCCACAGGCUGUGCCCGCAGCGAGGGCUUCUACACCAUCGACAAGAAGGACAAGAUCAGAUACCUCAACAGCACCCGCGCCAGCACGGACGAGCCCCCCGCGGACACCCAGGGCAUGAGCAUCCCCGCGCAGCCGCACGCCUCCACCCGGGCCGGCUCCGAGCGCCGGUCCGAGCAGCGGCGCCUGCUGUCCUCCUUCACCGGCAGCUGUGACAGCGACCUGCUCAAGUUCAACCAGCUCAAGUUCCGGAAGAAAAAGCUCAAGUUCUGCAAGAGCCACAUCCACGACUGGGGCCUGUUCGCCAUGGAGCCCAUCGCGGCCGACGAGAUGGUCAUCGAGUACGUGGGCCAGAACAUCCGCCAGGUGAUCGCCGACAUGCGGGAGAAGCGCUACGAGGACGAGGGCAUCGGGAGCAGCUACAUGUUCCGGGUGGACCACGACACCAUCAUCGACGCCACCAAGUGCGGCAACUUCGCGCGCUUCAUCAACCACAGCUGCAACCCCAACUGCUACGCCAAGGUGAUCACGGUGGAGUCGCAGAAGAAGAUCGUCAUCUACUCCAAGCAGCACAUCAACGUCAACGAGGAGAUCACCUACGACUACAAGUUCCCCAUCGAGGACGUCAAGAUCCCCUGCCUCUGCAGCUCCGAGAACUGCCGGGGGACCCUCAACUAG